AUGCUAGUUGUCUCCCUUUGUAUUUUCUUAUUUUUUUAUUUCUUUUUCUCUUUCUGUUUAGUUUGGUUUUUAUUUUUUUUUAUAUAUUUUAUCUCUCUUAUUCCCACCCCUCAUAUUUUCUACUCUUUCUUUUUUUCUUUCCUCCUUUAUUUAUCAUCCUUCUCUUUACUCUCUCAUUUUACUUUCCUGUUUUGUUUCUCUUUCCAUUCACUUUAUCUUGAUCUGUUUUACUUUAGUCUUUCUUUCUUGCCAUUAUUUUCUAUAUCUCUUUUAUUUUUAUCUUGCUUACCUUCUUUUUUUAUUCAUUUUGAUUCUACUUUUUUUCCAUCCACUUUAUCUUUCUUUUCUUUAACCUCUACUUUCUCUCUUAUCAUAAUAUACUUUCUCCAUUUUGUCUGUCAUUCAUUUAUCUUUUUCUUUUUUUUUCAUUUGCUUCCUUCAUUCUUUCACUAUAUUUUUUUUCUUUUUCUUCAUUCUAUCUUUUUUCAUCCAUUUGUUUCUUUUGUCCCUCUUACUGUUUCUUUUUAUUUUCCAUUAAUUCAUUUUAUUUACUUUAGUUUACUUUCUGCUCCUUAUUAA